CAGGAUGAAAUUUUUUUUUUUGUAUAUUCGUUCUACUUUCUUUCUUCCUUUUUUUAUUUUCUGUUGUUUCCUUCCAUCUUUCUUUACUGGCUAAACACAGCCCUGUAGUAAGGGGACUCGAACACAAGCGUCUGUAUAGUGUCUGGAGCACAUCAGUGGAGCGGAGACAGAGAAGAGCUGUCAGAGAGAACAGCUGUCACAAUGACCUGUGUCACACAAGGAUGACAGCUACUAAUGAUGCCGGCUGCCGGGAGGGAACGGGUCAGGCAACGACAGUCUGAAGAGGCAAGGGUCAGCAAAUGACCUCAACAGCCCGAACCACAGCAACAACUUCAUGACCAGCCUCAUCAGCAGCACCACUACCACCACAAGCAAGAAGUGGUUGGGUGGUCGGGGGAGAAUGUGGAGGGGGAGAGAUUCCUCCCUUCCGAUGUCUGUGGCAGCAGAUGUUGUUGUGGUUGACAGUGCAGGCACGUAGGAACUGGGACAGGAGACUAACAAAGCUUCGUGUUUGCGGCUCCACAAAUUGUGGGUCAUCCUCCCAAGACUGGGACAGUGGUACUUGUCUCCAAGGACCCAUUCAUCAGAUGUGUGUAUCUGUGUGUGUGUUUUCCUACCCUGGCGGAGAAGAUGAGCAGGGCCAAGCGGCAGCUGAUGUGUUUUCUCCUGCUUCUCUUCAUCACGCUCGUCUACAUCACCUACACUCUACGCCUGGAGACCGUGACGGGGUCCUUGCGAUACGGCGCGCAUGGCAGCUCGGGAUGUUUCAGCAUCUCACCCAACAUCAGCUUCUCCUCCACCGACACCUCACCUCGACAGGUCUUACCUUCCACGUCACCAGGGGACUCACCUUCAUCCAGACCGCCAGCGCCGAGUGUGAAGCGCAUCCUACUGGUGACCUAUGGCCGCAGUGGCUCCACCUUCACCUCCUAUGUGCUGAAGGAAGCCCAAGAGGCUUUCUUAUUCUUCGAACCCCUGAGGCCGCUUGUCAUGCGCAAGACACAAGGGAUGGACAUCAUCAUGUCGUAUCAGGCUGUCGGCGCCCAGUUCUACGAGCCCCAGGAACUCAACUCCUCCAUGCUCAGCGAGUACGAGCGAAGCGCCGUGGGCGUGCUGGACAGCAUCCUGGACUGCAACAUGACCAGCCUGACCAUCGACGACUACCUCAGUCCAGUCAUACGACAUCACGAGCACACCAAGGAUGUCAGUCGCUGUCUGAGAAGCAUCCUCAACGACAGCUACCUCAACCUGCCGCACUACCUGCAGUGUCUCAUCGACUUCUGGAACCUGUGUAGGAGCAGAACUCUGAGACUCAUCAAGACGAUCCGGAUGCCGCUGCGGGCGCUGUUCGAGCUGAUGCGGAAGUACCCGGAUCUGUACCUGGUCUACCUGGUGCGCGACCCCCGCGCCACCCUCAUGUCGCAGCGCCAGAACUUCGGCCACUCGCCCAUGCCGCAGAACUUCUGCAACCUCGUGCAGGAUGACGUGGCGCACAUGCGGCUGCUGCAGCAGCUCUUCCCCUCGCGCGCCAUCGCCGUGCGGUACGAGGACAUCAUCGUGGACCCCCUGGAGUGGAGCAAGCGCCUGUACGCCGCCCUGGGCCUGACGAUGACCCCGAGGGUCGUCAGCCUCAUCCGGCUGUACACCAGGGCCAGCGGCGACGGCAGCGCCUACCAGGUGUACCGCAAGGACCCCAAGAACACCGCCAACCGCUGGCGCUCCACCAUCGCCUACAGUGCGGUACGACUCAUAGACUACUUCUGCGCCGAGGCGUACCGCGCGCUGGGCUACGUGCAGGUCCACAACGAGACUCUUCUUCGGAACACGAACGAGUCUCUGACCUGCUCUACGAACACCUUAGAGAUGUUGCAGCUACCGGUCGCGGCAUAGACCCCACGAUUUUUGUUGUUGUUGUUGUUGUUGUUUGCUACUUGUGAUCAGCAUGGUCGGUCCACUUUUUUUUUUUUUUUUUUUUUUUGCUUCGGGUGGAUGGCUGUGAUAUUUUAACAGACGAUAAUUUUUAAAAAAAAAACAUUACCGUUACGACAAAAACUUGGAUUGGCUGAAAUGUUCGUGAACAUCAUUCGCAGAGAUGUGUGAAAACAUCGGUGCAUUUGAGCGGAGAAGCGAAUAGAUGGAUGAAUUACACGGGUAUGGGACUGUGAGAAUUCACGUGCAUAAUCCUGGUUUAUGAGCAGACGAUGAAGUAGCACUCGGACAACCUCGUCAAAACUCUGUGUGCGCUGCUUCAUAAGUGGAUUUUGUUUCAUGUGGGACACGCUGUAUCGAUGCUACUUGGCACUAAAGAUGUGAACAGACUGCAAAAACUCCUUUUGUAUUUCAUAAUGGAGAAGCCUGUUGUUACACGUGGAACAUGUUUUGUCUGUUUGAAAGAAAGCAUUCCAUGCACUGGACUGAACUGCCUGAGUAUUCGAAAAUCAAGGUGAUUGGUUUUGAGUCUCACUUCAGUUUUUUUGUCAAAGAGGCUAAAUGCUGAAGGUUGUAUCAGUCGUCUUCCUACAACAGCCUUGAAUUCAUAUUCUUUUUGCCAUUCUAGUAUUUAUUGGUUUUUGUUCUGCUCUGUAUUAGCGGUUAGCUGCUGUCUCUCUGAAAAGUUUUGUCUCAUUUUUGUCAAUCAUGUCGAUCUUGACCUGCGUAUUUUAUUUGUUUUCUUUAUUUUGAUUUCUUUUUUUUUUCCUUCUGUGUUCCUACCAUGACAUUCCAUUGCUUGUUCAGCUACAGAAAGAAUCCGAUGCCUUCAGAAAGUAUAGCAGGCUGGAAACAUUAAUGUUGCAUCAAAUGAUGGACUGGUGUCUGUGAUGUAAAGAGGACCUAGGUUGUAGUCUCUACUGCAAUAUAUUGAUCUUCAAGUUUUAUUUUGCUUAUAGCCGCUCGACAACAUGCAUCAAUCGACCUUUUUCUAAUUUAGGCAUUUUCUAAUUCCUAUCGUUGCACUCGGAGGCACCGACGCCACCCGACUAGACGAGAGUCAUGUGACAAAGGAAGGAGUUUACCAGCUGCGUCAGCGGGGAUCCCUAUCCUCGUCUUCCAGUGUCGUUGUCGCCUGUCCUGGUGUAGCUAGGUGUAGGCUGGCUGUAGUAGAGUUUUCUAUCAUCCUUUUGUGUGACUUGGCCUAACCGAAGCUUCAGUCCUUGCCUGUUCGUCUGCAUGGCUCUCCCAAGGUGUCACAUGCUACACCACAACAGCUCCAGCGCCCCCUGGGGCUUCAUUUCUGUAAAUGUCCCUUCGCCAUUUUCCCAGGCAGCGACUGGCAAACCCCAAAGCACACUGUGGUCUGAAUUUUGAUGAACAUUUCCAGUCUUUCUCAAACCCCAAGUAGAAGCCUGCCCCAUCUUUGUUUCAGUGAAAUGUUUAUCAGCUGAUGUGUCAGGUCUGUGUGUAAACAACAGAUGGCGGAGAAGCAAAACGCCUGCAUAACUGAUAUGCAAAUAAUUAUUUAUAUUUAUUUUGUUUCGUUUCUUUAUUUUUUAGCAUCUUAUGGUUUAAACUUUUGUGAAGUGUGAUUUUAUUUACAAACAAAUGAGAAAUGUAUACUGUAAAAACGCAUCUCUCAUAUUGAGAACUGAUGAAGCAAGCAAACCAUCCUCAAUGCUGUUUGUUUUUGGUUACAUGUAUAUUAAGCAAUAAAUCAGACAUUAAUUAAUUAAAA